AUGGAUGAUCCGCGAGUUUGUAAUAAGAAAAGAAACACUUUGGCAGAGAAACAGGAAGUAAAUCGAAGCGACUCAACGUCGCGGGAGGAAGAAAAAGUAGUGUCCUUCAAGUCGAAGGUAGAAAUCAGCAGGCUGGGAGGUCGGUUGAGUGAGGUGGUGGGUCCCGUCGUGGAGGAGGCCAUUGAGCCAGGGGAUGCGACCCCGCUGACGGGACCCUCGAGGGAGACCUCGGUUCCUCGAGCACCCCCGCCGCAGCGUGUUACACCGAGUCCGCCGAGACCGCCGCCCGCUACGUCUCAACAUCACGAUAAUCCGGGUCACCCGACCCACAAUCCGGGGCACCAGUCCCAAAAUCCCGGGCAUCACAACCCGGAUCAUUCGCCCAACAAUCCGGGUAAUCCCGGCCACAACCCCGGUCACCAAACUCAUAAUCCAGGUAAUCCCGGCCACAAUCCGGCCGAUUCCGGUCACAACCCGGGUAAUCCGGGCCAUAACCCGGACAAUCCGGGCCACAACCCGGGCCACAACCCGGGUAAUCCCGGCCACAACCCGGGCCACAACCCGGGUAAUCCCGGCCACAACCCGGGUCAUAACCCCGGUAAUCCCGGCCACAAUCCGGGUAACCCGGGCCACCCGAGUCCCGCUGACCAAGACCAGAAUCCCGCUGGCCAGCCGACACAAAAUCCCGGCCAUCCGACGAGCCCAGGACGAGAAGCUUCUCAUCCAAACGUGAGUCGCCAGCCAAGUCAGAAUCCAACCCAUCCGACACAGAGCGGCAGGGAGCAAGCACAGCCAAGUCAGCCGCAACAGCAACAACCUCAACCGCAACAGCAACAACCUCAACCACAACCGCAACAUCUGGAACGUAGCGUCAGCACCACCAUGGGGACCGUGCUGUCGUUUAGUCCACGAGAUCGUCGGGGGUCGGUUUAUCCGCCAACGGGACAUCAACAUCCUGCUGACUUCACGUUAAAUAAUUUUAAUUACGAGCAGCUGAACAAUGCAAAGAAUCGCGAGAACAAGAGCAGCGUUGCCACGGUGGCGCCGGCGCCACCUACGAAUCAUCCACCGACCAACAAUAACUCGUUACAGAACAAUAACAUUAAUCUAAACAACAACGACAACGCGAGAAUUAUCUCAGAGAAAAACGCCCUAGAGAAGAACUUGAAGAAGCAUUCACUAUUUAUAAAUGCUUUGUCGUGGAAGCGAUUCAGUACAACCAACAAUAACAAAAAGAAGCUUGAUAACAAGAACAAGAACCUCGCCUUCAGGCAGCCGCUCGAUAAUAUACCUAUCGUUGAUAAGAACAAAAAUAUACAGACGCCGCAGACAAAACCACCGGCGUCAAAUAACAAUCACACCACGCACAAUCCGACGUGUGAGAAAUUGGUGCAGAAACCCCUGCCCCCUGGACCAAGAAAAACUGUUAUCCAGGCCUCCACUUCGGAAUUGCUCAAGUGCCUCGGCGUCUUCCUGCACAAGAAAUGCACCCGUUUAAGGGACUUCCAAGCCGGCGACGCUGUCAUGUGGCUCAGAACUGUUGACAGAAAUCUCCUGCUACAAGGCUGGCAGGACGUGCCCUUCAUAAACCCUGCCAACGUAGUGUUCGUGUAUAUGCUGGUGAAAGAGCUUGUCGAUGGAGAUGAGGCGUCUGAGAAGGAGCUCCAAGCGACGGUAUUGACGUGUCUUUACCUGAGCUACAGUUACAUGGGUAACGAGAUUAGUUACCCGCUGAAGCCAUUCCUCGUCGAGGACAGCAAGGACAAGUUCUGGGACCGAUGUCUCCUGAUCGUCAACCGACUUAGCUCCGAAAUGUUGCGAAUUAACAGCGAGCCCGGUUUCUUCACAGAGAUCUUCAGCGAGCUGAAAGCCUGCGGUUCCAGCGAACGCGGAAGUCUGUCUGGCAGUGGCCUCGAACGGAGCCUCGUCGUCUCCGGAGUCGCGGUACCCACCAAGGCAGCUUGACGGAGCUACACACACCUGCUGGU